CUUUGUCAAAGCUCCUACGAGACAACUCCUUUGUCUCUAUCAUCACGCAUUCCCUGAAAUCCAGACAAUUCUAUUCAGAGCCUCGAAAGAAUAAAAUCUAGAUUGUCUGUUGGGAAUAAAAUCAGCCGCCAUGGCCUCAUCCUCCAAGCCGUCGAGCUUCCUCCUGUACUCUUGCAUAGCUCACCGCACCACCAUUCUCGCAGAACACUCGGCCCCUGGCUCCUCUUCCACCGCCGCCUCGUCCCUCGCCUCCAUCAUCCUCCCCAAAAUCAGCCACGACAAAUCCCAAAAGCUCACUUACACACACGAGCGUCUCUUCGUGCACUACAUCUCCGACUCACCCACCGGUCCCGCUGAAGAUGCAAGCCGCCAAGAACCCAACUCCUAUGCCCCGCUCAGCUACAUCGUGGUCGCGACGGCCGAACAAGGCCGCCGCAUCCCCUUCGCCUAUCUCCUCGAAAUGAAGCGCAAGUUUCUCACCACGUACCCACCGUCGAGUACAGAUUUCUCAGCUCUCCCAGCCUACGGUUGCGCCGCGUUUAAUACGGAAUUGCGCUCGCUAUUGCAUACGUAUAAUACGGCGCCGCCCUCGGAUUCCUUGGCCUCUGCGCGCAGAGAGAUCGAUAGUGUAAGGGAUAUUAUGACGGAGAACAUUGAGCGGGUUCUUGAGCGCGGCGAACGCAUUGAUCUGCUCGUGGAUAAGACGGAUCGUCUGGGCGGGAGUGCGCACGAUUUCCGGAUUCGCAGUCGCGGGUUGCGCAGGCGCAUGUGGUGGAAGAAUGUCAAGUUGAUGGUUCUGCUGGGCGUUGUCGUUAUCUUCCUCUUGUAUUUGUUUGUUGGUAUGGGCUGCGGGUUGCCGGCAUGGGGGAAGUGCAUUGCGUCUGGGUCUAGCGAGUAGGUGAGUGAUAUUUAUUUAUUGGGGGGCGGGGGGGGGCAUUUGCCUUCACCUUCCCUCGCCUCCUUGGAGUGAGACGCUAUCUGAGGAAUGAUUGUGAUGGUUAGUUGCAUCUAGGGCUUUUCUUGCGGAGCACAUGAGGGGUUUCUUCUUCUUCUUCUUCUUCUUCUUCUUCUUCUUCUUCUUCUUCUUUUUUCCGAUGUUUCUAUUAGCAAUAUCCAGCCGCUUGAUGAUAUCGUUGAUCCACCAAGAUGGUGUCUGUAUCAUACUAUUGAUUUCUUUGUUACUAGUUCUUCAUGAUUUAGAUCGAGUAUAUUUAUUCCUGUGAGUACUAGUAGGCAUAUGGGUAUACCUAGAGAGAGAGAUUUAUACCAAGUGCAAUCA